UGGGUCUUUCGUGUCGCGCUUGAAAGGACUGAAGUCUUGCAGCGGCUCGGGCUUGAGGAGUGACAAGUUACGAUGGCUAGAGCUCUUCAUCUGUUUGCUCUUCUCUCUUCCCGGUUCUGUGGACGGAGGCAGCAGCUACGUACCUGAGCUCACAGCCCGCUACUCUUUCCCCCUCACCUCGACACGAGCCCAGCCGCCAUCUGAAGAGACGGGAAGCUUGGAUAUUCAAGGACAUUUCAACGUUACCACAUCUACUCUGGCCUUUUCUGCGACUCGCGGAAAACCCAGCGUGUGUUUCUCCGGCUCAGUGAUGUGGCCAGAUUUUGUAAACACGCGCAGAAACGGCGGCUGAUGUCACGUAACACCGUGCCCGGCGGAUGAUGUUUCUCUGCGUGUCAUCUUUGCGUGUCGUACCCGAAGUCCUUCCUCUGUCGGAGGGCCAAGCACACGGCGACGGAAAGGAAACCAGUCGCUGACUUUCGAUGCUUUCCUGUCAGUUAUGGCAUCGCCUGCAGACCCCAUCGAGCCGGAGGCUGCUUCGUGCUGAAGGAAACCCGUGUUACUGGAGAGAUCAGUGACCCCCACAAAAAAAAAACCCUCCGGGGGGAAAGCCGAUGAACUUUGAAUUACCGAGUGCUGGAUUGUGGUGAAACCAGAGGUGCAUCACUAUUGUGCAUCAGGAAUCAUCAAUGUGGACGUCCACGGGCGACUUGACGAAUCGCACACAGGAUCACCCGUAGUUUCUCCUUUCCCCUCUCCCCUUCCCUCCCCCUCUGUCCCUCCCUCCCCCUUUUCCCCUUGUCAAUCUUCUCCCUGAUCUCCCCGUCAACCCCCCCCCCCACCACCACCCCCCUCCGAGAUUCAUCAUGCUUAUCAAGGAGUACCGCAUCCCCAUGCCCAUGAGUGUGGAGGAGUACCGCAUCGCCCAGCUCUAUAUGAUCCAGAAAAAGAGCAGAGAAGAGAGCUGCGGUGAAGGUAGUGGGGUGGAGAUUCUGGAGAAUAAGCCCUACACAGAUGGACCAGGUGGGGCAGGCCAGUACACCCACAAGGUCUACCACAUCGGCAUGCACAUUCCCAGCUGGUUCCGCUCCAUCUUGCCCAAAGCGGCACUGAGGGUUGAGGAGGAGUCCUGGAACGCCUACCCUUACACCCGCACCAGAUACACCUGCCCCUUUGUUGAGAAGUUCUCCAUUGACAUUGAGACCUACUACAAACCUGACACCGGCAACCAAGCAGAUGUCUUCAACAUGUCUGCAGUAGAGAAGAGACAGAGGACUAUUGACCCAAUCGACAUAGUGACAGAUCCCAUCCCGCCUCAUGAGUACAAGGCAGAGGAAGACCCCAGGCUUUACCAGUCGGCCAAGACCCAGAGGGGUCCCUUGCAGGAUGACUGGAUAGAGGACUAUAACAAUAACCCAGGGAAGACCCCCAUCAUGUGUGCCUACAAACUCUGCAAGGUGGAGUUUCGCUACUGGGGCAUGCAGUCUAAGAUCGAACGCUUCAUUCAUGACGUGGGACUCCGAAAGGUGAUGGUGCGCGCCCACAGGCAGGCCUGGUGCUGGCAGGAUGAGUGGUACGGUUUGACCAUGGAGGACAUCAGGCAGCUGGAGCUGGAAACCCAGCUGGCCCUGGCCAGAAAGAUGGCCCAGUUCAGUCAGGCGGAGGAGGCCACCGAGGUCAACGGUGGCGCCCCGUCUCCAGACAAAGACCAAGAAGCUAAAGAGGCAAUCCACUCCAUUGAAGCCGAGGAGGUGGUAGCCAGCUCAGGAGGGGAGACCCUCCAGCCACGUGGUGUGCUCACCAAGCAGUGGUCCACCUCCUCCCGCUCUUCCCGCUCUUCCAAGAGAGGAGGUGAGAAGCACGCCUUCUCCACCUGUUCACCUGUGUCGCCUCUGUGCAUGACAGUGUGUGAAACUGCCGCUGAUGUGAAAGUGAGCCCGUCACGUCACAGCAUCUCGGAGUGGAGGAUGCAGAGCAUAGCGCGAGACUCGGACGACAGCUCAGAUGAGGAGUUCUUCGACGCUCAUGAGGACCUGUCAGAUGGUGAGGAGGUGUUCCCGAAGGAAAUCACCAAGUGGAAUUCAAACGACCUCAUGGACAAGAUUGAAGCUGGCGACACGGAGGAAACCCCUGGUGAGCUGUUCAAGGAAAUGACUGUGGAUUAUGACAGCGCAGCCAUAGAGGAAAGACUAGAUGAGGAGAACGCCACCCAGCAGUGUCUGCAGCCUUCCAAGAUCCAUGUGCUGAUAUUGGUCCUGCAUGGAGGGAACAUCCUGGACACAGGUGGAGGAGACCAGAACAGCAAGCAGGCUGACGUCAACACCAUUAGCACGGCUUUCGACACAGUCAUGCGCGUUCACUACCCCGCUGCGCUAGGACGCAUCGCCAUCCGCCUGGUGCCCUGCCCUGCCAUCUGUGCUGAGGCAUUCUCUCUAGUGUCCAACCUGAACCCUUACAGCUAUGACGAGGGUUGUCUGUCCAGUAGCCAGGACCACAUCCCGCUGGCGGCUCUCCCCCUCCUGGCCACCUCUGCUCCACAGUACCAGGACGCUGUGGCCACAGUCAUUGUCCGAGCCAACCAGGUGUACACCGACUUUCUGAAGUCUCUGGAUGGGUCUGCUUUCUCUGGCCAGGUAUGUCUCAUUGGGGACUGUGUGGGAGGAAUCUUGGGGUUCGAUGCUCUGUGCAGCACCAAUCAGACAGUAAAUGAAAGCCAGAACAGCAGUCGCAGGGGCAGCGUCAUCAGUGUACAGGACCAGGACCUCCUCUCUCCCGGCAUCAUAAUCAACAGCGGACAUGGAUCGACAUCUCCAAACUUGGAAGGCAGCCGCCACCUCAGCCGCAGCAACAUUGACAUCCCUCGUGCCAGCGCAGGCGACGACACCAAGAGACAACUGCCACGCAAGAGGAGUGACUCGUCCACCUACGAGCUGGACACAAUCAAACAGCACCAGGCGUUCCUGACCAGCUUGCACUCCAGUGUCUUGCGAAACGACACAGCUUCACGCAGGUCGAGCAGCAGCACUAUGCUGGAUGGAGGCUCCCUGGGGAAGUUUGACUUUGAGGUGUCGGACUUCUUCCUCUUUGGCUCUCCGCUGGGCUUAGUGCUCGCCCUCAGAAAGACUGUCAUUCCGAUGCUGGAUGUGGCCCAGCUGCGGCCUGCCUGCCAGCAAGUUUAUAACCUGUUCCAUCCAGCUGAUCCGUCAGCGUCGCGCCUUGAGCCUCUGCUGGAGAGGAAAUUUCACCUCCUCCCUCCCUUCAACGUUCCCCGUUACCAACGCUUUCCCCUGGGAGACGGAAACUCUGCCCUGCUGGUGGAGACAGUCCAGAGCAACACUCAGCUGCUACUUGACAGCGGGCCCCCCCUGUCCCUUCGCUGUCAGGAGACCAUCAGUGAGACCUGCAUCCCUGUGCCUGUGCUAAACUGGCAGGAGGGCUUCCUCAAAGCCACACCCGCCACUAUGGAGUCGGAUGUUGUUCAGUCUCAUGGUGGUGUCUUCAUGGACAGUUCGUACCCCUCAUCCCCCGUAACGGGGCCCCUCUCCCGGGGCCAGCGGAGGGCCAGUGAGGUCAGCAUUGCGAGCCAGGUCUCAGGAAUGGCAGACAGUUACACUGCCACCAACAUAGCCAACACCAAAUCUUGCCAGGGUAACCAGUCCAGAAAGUUCAGUCUUUUGUCCCAACUUGCCCUAUCGUCACAAAACAAAUUCUUCCCGAAAAAUCCUCCUAAGUACGCUAAGAAAGCAGAGGCUGGCCAGGGCCCAGGAUUUCCUGAUGGAGAUCUAGUGGAAGACCUGGAUCUGGAGACAGACUCCAGUGAAGGUUACAGUCCCACUGGCCAGUACGAGAACUGCCCGUCAGCGGGGCUGGACUUUGCUAUAUGUGAUCUGGUCUCACUGGACUCCCAGGCUGAAGUGGACCAAGUUGCAGCGCGUUGGUGGGGCACAAAGCGCCUGGACUUUGCCCUGUACUGCCCCGAUGCUCUGACUGCUUUCCCGACGGUGGCUUUGCCACACCUCUUCCACGCGUCGUACUGGGAGUCCACCGAUGUUGUGUCUUUUCUCCUGAGGCAGGUCAUGAGGCACGAAAACUCGAGUAUUCUGGAGCUUGAUGGGAAAGAAGUGUCUGAGUUCACCCCCUCUAAGCCUCGAGAAAAGUGGCUGCGCAAGAGGACUCACGUCAAGAUCAGGAAUGUGACGGCGAACCACCGGGUGAACGAUGCCGUGUUCACCGAAGACAGCCAGCAGGUUGUGACAGGUCGCUUCAUGUACGGCCCUCUCGACAUGGUCACUUUGGCCGGGGAGAAGGUGGACCUCCACAUCAUGACCCAGCCUCCAUCGGGAGAAUGGGUGUACUACAACACAGAGGUGACUAACAGCAGCGGCCGCGUCUCUUUUGUCAUCCCAGACGACAGGCGUCUGGGCAUUGGAGUCUACCCGGUUAAAAUGGUUGUAAGGGGUGACCACACGUUUGCAGACAGCUACCUGACAGUGAUCCCACGCGGCACAGAGUUUGUGGUGUUCAGCAUAGAUGGUUCAUUCGCUGCCAGUGUGUCAAUCAUGGGCAGCGAUCCAAAGGUUCGGGCAGGAGCUGUGGACGUUGUCAGACACUGGCAGGAUUUAGGCUAUCUGAUCAUCUACGUGACUGGACGUCCAGAUAUGCAGAAGCAGCGGGUGGUGGCCUGGUUGUCUCAGCACAACUUCCCUCAUGGCAUCGUGUCCUUCUGCGAUGGUCUGGUCCACGACCCGCUCAGACACAAGGCCAACUUCCUCAAGACCCUGGCAGAGGCUCACAUGAAGAUUUUCGCCGGCUAUGGGUCAACUAAAGACAUCUCAGUCUACACCGCCAUAGGCCUCCCUCCUUCACAGAUAUACAUCGUUGGCAGACCCUCUAAGAAGAUGCAGCACCAGUGCCAGUUCAUCACAGAAGGAUACGCGGCUCACUUGUCCCAGCUGGAGUACAACCAUCGCUCUCGGCCGGCCAAGUCCAGCAGCGCACGCAUGGUGCUGCGCAAAGGCAGCUUCGGCCUGGGCGCGAACAGCGACUUCCUGAGAAAGAGGAACCACCUGUUGCGCACCAUCUCCUCGCAGCCGGCCCCCAGCUCCCCGACGGGCAACAUUCACAACAGGCCGGAGCGCACGCAGAGCCAGUCGGACAGCGAGCGCCUGGAGCGAGAGCGGCUGGAGCGCACUCAGAGCCACACCCAGGGAGCGACCCAGCGCAGCAUGAGCAUCACGGCCAGCUGCUGGGGCCGCAGCAGCAGCACCAAGCUGGAACCGGGGGUUUUCAGCCCAAAGUGAGAUCAGAGACGAUGUGAGCGUACGCUUUAGGACACUGGACUUAUUUGUACUGACACAAAGAGGAACAGUUGGCUUGCACCAGAUGAGUAAAUACCACAGUGAAAAUCAGGUGCUACAAACCACUCUUUAUGAAAUGAACACCAGACACAUCCAACACACACACACACACAUAUAUAUAUUUAUGAACAGAGGCUAUAUUCAUUAUUACUCAAAACAGGCAUUUCAAGAAGCAUCCUCCUGAAACAGGGACAUGCCAGAUAUAGCUAAUAUUGUAGGGAUCCGGAGGGUUUCUACUGUUAAAUAAAUAUUUAUCAGUCUUGUAUACAAGGUCACUUUUUCUCCAGGCUUUUAAAAAUGGAGGUAGUUACAUGCGAAGGCGCGACCACGGCUGUAUUCUGUAGUAAACGACACAAAGUAGUGAACAGGCAACUCGUAUCGGCUCCGCGCUGAUAACGCACUGUCACUGACUGACGUGGCCAACGCAAGCACAACAAUUACUGCAGAGCCCAACUUUGUGUAUAGUAGUUUUAAAUCAGUUUCAUGUGAUAAUCAGGUGACUUCUGGUCUGAGAGCAGAGUUGAAUAGUCAAGUCUUUUUACAAUAAUUUACCAUUUUAACUUGUGACGAUCUGAUCAAGAGCCACUAGUCGUUGCGUCAACCUCACAGACGCCAUGGACUGAACGUGGUUAAAUCAAACAGUCCAGUUGUUUUCUCGUCGGCCCCGACACACAAAUGAGUCAUCCAAGUAUCACAAGAAGCAAACUGCGAAGUUACCCUUUAACUACAGUUGCAGCUGAAACUGUUUCCUAGCAUUUUUCUAGUAUUUCACCACAUCACACCGUACUGAUGCUGCUGUACCCUCCUGAAUAAAUAGCGAAUCGCUCGGCUAGAGGGAAAGGUCCUACUCCUGUAUGAUUAAUGUGCCAAAGUAAGCAUUUUAGGAUUAAAUAUGCUGAACGACCCGUGUCGCCUGUGUAAAAACGGAAUAGAAAGUGUAAGUAUGUAGUUGAACGCCUGAACAAGGCUUGUACAUAAUUGUGAACAUUACAAUGCAGAUCUGGUAUCUGGUCCACGGAAGACCAGUUUCAAGUGUCUUCUUUACUCUGGGGGUAAACACCAACUCAUUCAGGAUAUACUUUAUUGGUUGUUGACGAUGAUGAUGAUUAUAAUUAUUGUUAUUUAAGAUUCUAGACAUUUUAAAAUGUAUUGAUUUUGUGAACAAACUGUGUUUUAAGAUUACUUUAGCUCUGUUUUUCUGUAUUUUCUUCAAACUUCAGUUUCUGCAGCCAAACCUCAGAGGUCUUUGCCUGGCACAGUAUUGUAUUUUUAUUAUUUUAUCUCACAGAUCACCAGAGUCGCACCAACAGAACUGAUAUCUCGUGUCAUUUAUUGUAUGUUUGUGAUUAACUCUUUUGGAAAUUCGGGACACGGAAAUUCUCUCUGGCGAUCCCAAAGCUGUACAUGAGGCGUUGAAUGUGCUCAUAGAUAAUCCUACUUAGGUUAAGUCGUCUUUCUCAGUUCUGCUUUCGAGGAAGAAAAAUUGUGCAAAUUGUAAAUUUCUGUACAAUAUGCUGUCAAGAGUAGGAACACGGAGCUAAGACGUACUUUAUGCUGUCGGCCAUUCAUUUCUGAAAGCGGUAAAAAAAAAAAUUUUUUUGUGAUGUA